AUAUUUGGUAAGACAUUUAUCGCAAAUAAAGUACAGCAAAAAGUCGUUCAAACAAGCAUUACAGAUUCAUUGUACCAGUUUCAUACAGUGGCGGAUUUGUGUGUCAAAGUUUACGAUUUUGAGAUCAGUAAUUACUGUACUAACUAAAGAUAACACUGCUAAAGCUCAUUAAAAAGUUAGCAAAAUGUGUCUAUCUAUAUCUAAAAUAAUUCAGAUCAAACUACACAAAACUUUAAUAUUAGUUAAGCCUUAAAUCUGCAUAACGUUCCAUAUUCUUUGCUAAAAUUAAGCGGAAAUAUGAAAUUUGGCCAAAUUUGUUUACCAUGUCUGGGAUUCUAUUUGCAAGGGGCUGUCAAAGCGUUGGCACUGGUGGAAAUUUGUGUGGAAAUUGGAACCAUUGUAAUUUUUGGAUACAGCGAUUUCCAUCAUCCUCCAACAUAUUUCGAGGGGGAUAAAAGCGAUCCAAUAGUUUGGUUAUGCAUCUGCUCGUGGAUUUACUGUUACCUUUACAACUUCAUCGCGAUAACCAUUGCAUGUUUUUUAUACCAAAAUGCAACCAAUCGAUAUGCAAUCGGAUUGAAGAAUUGUUUAAUAGGUUCAAUUGUCAUCUAUUUAGCCCUAUUUGUUGUCAUCAUUAUAUUGAACGUACUCGCAUCGGAGCACAUGAUCCCACUCAUCGCACUGGACUCGGUAUUUGCAGCCUAUAAGAUCUACUCGUUUUGGAUCAUUUAUAACUUUAUUCAAGAAAUUGACUCGAAUGGGCCAACCGAUGAAGUUCUCACUAUUUUUAGCGAUGCGGAAUUAGAUCUCUUUCUCAACGGGGGUAGAUCCCGUUCUUCGAGGGGGUCGUUUCUUACGACCCCAUACCAGAAAGAAUUUGAAAUUCCACUCUCCAAAUUGGUCAUAAAUUACAUCACUCCACUCGGAAAGGGUAACUUUGGUGUUGUAUAUAAGGCCAACUUCUUAGCAGAGGAAGAUCUACCUGGCCACAUGAACGAGCGCAUGGUCGCUGUUAAAACGGUACCUCGGUUUGCGACAAGUCAACAUUUUAUGCAAUUGUUGAGAGAGUUACAAAUUUUGAAUUAUAUUGGAAACCAUGACAAUAUCGUUAAUCUAAUUGGAGCCUGCACCACUGAUGUUAAGCAAAAAAAAAUUUUUAUUGUGCUGGAAUACUGCGGGCUGGGGAGCAUGCUGGAAUACCUGAGGUCAAAUAGGGCGGAGUUGGCGUCAGAAAGUGAUUCAGAUAGCAUGUCUAGCAACUCGGACAACAAUGCACCUUUGACUGGGCUGUGUUUCCGUGAUCUCGUCAAAUGGGCUAUAGAAACAGCCAGUGGCAUGAAAUAUAUUGCCGACAAACUAGUUAUUCAUGGCGACCUUGCUGCUCGAAACAUCCUUCUCACGUUCGACCGGAGAGUGAAAAUCGGGGAUUUCGGAAUGUCGAACCAAGUAUUUCACUGCAAGCAUCGCUGGACGAAAGCUAACGUGAUGAUACCGUGGAGAUGGAUGGCCAUCGAAGGGAUUUUGGAUAAAAAUUUCUCCCUGAGUUGUGACAUUUGGUCUUAUGGGAUCACAAUUUGGGAGUUUUUCUCAGGUGGGGAGGUGCCCUACGUGGGAAUAGAAUAUGGCCCCGAUUUCAUUCAACAGCUUCAAAGCGGCGAAUUAAGAUUGGAAUGCCCACAAUAUGCAAAUCAAGAAAUAUACCAAGAACUUUGCAAAUGUUGGAGGCUGGAUCCCACCGAACGACCAGGAUUUGGCGAGCUCAAGUUAUUCUUUGAAAAAUUAUACUCAAAUGUAGGUCAAGAUCAUGUGUCAAUAAAUAUGCAUGAUGAAGAAAUUGACUGCUAAGUGCCAUCUCUAGUUUUAAAGACCUCAUAAUUUUUACAAAAUGAUGUAUUUUAAAUACGACUAU